AUGCCCCUCCCACUCCAACCCAGACUUCCCCUGAGCCCCUCCCACUCCAUUCCUCCAAAGCCCCUCCCACUCCAACAAAUUCCUCCAAAGCCUCCCCCCCCCUCCAACCAAAAUUCCUCCAAAGCCCACACCCCCACUCCAACAAAAUUCAUCCAAAGCCCCCCCCUCCCACUAACAACAAAAUUCCUCCAAAGACUCUCCCACUCCAACAAAUUCCUCCAAACCCCCUCACUCCAACAAAAUUCCGUCAAAGCCCUCCACUCCAAUUCAAAAAUUCCGUCAAAGCCCUCCCACACCACAAAAUUCCUUCCUCAAAGCCCCUCCCACUCCAACAAAAUUCCUCCAAGCCCCUCCCACUCCAACAAAAAUUCCUCCAAAGCCCCCCCUCCCACUCCCAACAAAACAAAAUUCCUCCAAACCCUCCCACUCCAACAAAAUUCCGUCAAAGCCCCUGCCCACUCCAACAAAAUUCCUCCAAAACCCCCAACCCCUCCCACUCCAACAAAAUCUCAAAGCCCCUCCCACUCCAACAAAAUUCCUCCAAAGCCCCUCCCACUCCAACAAAAUUCCUCCAAACCCCCUCCCACUCCAACAAAAUUCCGUCAAAGCCCCUCCCACUCCAACAAAAUUCCUCCAAACCCCCUCCCACUCCAACAAAAUUCCUCCAAACCCCCUCCCACUCCAACAAAAUUCCUCCAAACCCCCUCCCACACCAACAAAAUUCCUCCAAAGCCCCUCCCACACCAACAAAAUUCCUCCAAAGCCCCUUCCACACCACCAAAAUUCCUCCAAAGCCCCUCCCACUCCAACAAAAUUCCUCCAAAGCCCCUCCCACUCCAACAAAAUUCUUCCAAAGCCCCUCCCCUCAACUCCAACCCCGACUGA